UCAUCGCCAUCUGCAGUUGGAAGCGACGGCAACACUGUGAAUAGAAGCCCUAAAAUGAGCAGAGAAUGAGAAAUAGCUACCUGGCUCGGGUCCUAACUCGGGCCCUACAGCCAGUACGCUCCCUCUGCUCCGCCGCCGACGUGGAGCUGAAGAAUGUCACGAAGUCGAAUUUCGAGCCCGCGCUGGCUGAGCUGCGGCGCCACGUCAGGGAAGCAGACUUCGUCGCCAUCGACUUGGAGAUGACCGGGAUCACCAGCGCGCCGUGGCGCGAGAUCUUUGAAUUUGACCGCCCUGAUAUCCAGUAUUUGAAGGUCAAAGAUUCCGCCCACAAAUUCGCCGUCGUUCAAUUCGGCGUUUGCCCCUUUCGAUGGGACCAACAUUCCACCUCCUUUGUUGCUCAUCCGCACAACUUCUAUGUAUUUCCUCGGAAGGAAAUUGCGGGUGAUGGUUCAUCGUACGAGUUCUUAUGCCAGACAAGCUCAUUAGAAUUCUUGGCUAAAUACCAGUUUGAUUUCAACACCUGCAUCAAUGAAGGAAUAUCUUAUUUAUCCAGAAGCCAAGAGGAGGAAGCAUUGAAAUGUUUAGAUUCAAUGCACAAGGAUGAGGUCCUGGAUGUAUCUUCCAACUUGAGAAAUGUUUCGGAUAUGCAGCUGGUUAGGAUGGCAGAUAUUCUAUUCGCUGAGAGAAUGAAAAACGUAGUUGGUGAAUGGCGUGCUGGAUUGUUACGGGGUGGAAGUUGGGGACCAGAAUCUCAAGGAAGUUUAAACGAUGUGAAUCAGAAAUUUCAGACUACUUUCUUCCAAACACGGCCCGCCCUUGCAGUGAAUGGCUUGACUUCACGCCAGCUGAAGCUAAUUAAGUUGGUGACUGAAAAACAUUUCAGUGAUCUUGCUUAUGUCCAUGUAGCUGGUGAAAGUUCUAGUCGGCUACCACUGAUAGUCUAUACAGAUUCUGCAAAAGACAGGGAUAUUCUGAAGGGGGAGGUCAAAGCUUGUCAAAGAAAAGCAGCAGAAAUAAGUAUUAAAUCUGCUAUUGGGUUCCGACAUGUUAUUGAUCUGCUUUCAUCAGAAAGAAAGUUGAUUGUUGGUCAUAAUUGUUUUCUUGAUCUUGCACAUGUUUACAGCAAAUUUAUUGGUCCUCUCCCUUCAACUGCUGAAGAAUUUGUCUCAGCUGUUCAAACAUAUUUCCCUAGCAUAGUUGAUACUAAGGUGCUGCUAAACUCAGAUGAUGUGUUAUCGCACAUCAUGAAUAAAAGCAGCACAUCACUUUCCAACGCGUUUAACUUACUCUGCCUGCCAUCUGUUGCUCCAACUGGUACAAACAAUGGGUUGGCAAACAUACCACGUGUAAAAGUGGACGUUCAAGUGGAUAAUCAGAGGUUCUCAAAUUGGAACUCUGGCGCUAAGCAUGAAGCUGGAUACGAUGCUUUUAUGACGGGAUGUGUUUUCUCUGAGGCAUGCUUCCGUUUAGGAAUUGAUUUCAACCCACUUGCACCAGGCUUGGUUUUGCAACACAAUGAGAAGCUCCAAAAGUAUAUCAAUUAUUUAUAUCUAAGCUGGGCGAAUGGAGAUAUUAUUGAUCUGAAAACAGGGAAGAGUGGUCCAGACACUUUAGGUUCUGCGAUUGGGAGGCGGCGCUGGCCUGCAAAAUUUAUGUUCUCAAACAUGAUACUGUUGUGGGGACUACCCACGAAGCUGAAAGCGAAAGAUAUUAGAGAGUGUUUCUACAAAGCUUUUGGGAGUGGCUCAAUCACCUCAGUCCACCAAAUGGAUGAAACUGCGGCCUUUGUUCAGUUCAGCCGUGCAGAACUGGUUUCAGACUUUCUUGAACUGAAGGAUCGUUUAGAGAGAGAUAAUAACAACCCAAUGUCUGUUGUGCAUCCUUUGUCAAGAAUUCUUGAGACAGGUUGCGUACGAGCUGCCAGUUACGAGACAUACAAAGAGGCUUGUCUUUCGCCUCUUUCAGAACUGCUGUUUGCAGACCAGGCAGAGAGACUUGGGAUGAAGGGGGAAGCCAGACUUGUGCAAUCUUCUGUUGAUGUCGAUGGGGAAGACAACCGUGAGGAAGAAGGCGAAAUAACUUUGCCUACGUUUCGAGAGCUGAAGCAGAGUGGUUCUAGUGUUGGAACCAGCAAUUUUCAAACUGAUCGAAUUAUGGAUUCUUUGUGUCGCUCUGCAGCUCAGUGAGCAGAUAGAAUUUAUAUUGCGUUGUAGGUAUUCAUGAUUAACUUGUUUAUAUAGUGAAAUGUUUGUGAGGUGAAA